AUCCUUCAUCCUUCCUCGCCUCCAUAAUUCCCAUCCACCUGUUUGCAGGGAAAAAACGGUCACCAAAAGGCUAUCAAACCUCCUCUAACUACUGUGUGCGGACCUCAUCCAACAAUAAACGCAAGUUUUCCAAGGUAGUGAAGGGCCAGAAAUAAAUUCAUAUUGGCAUUUGUCUCAGGAUAUGCCUCCCUCCCUCAUGGGCUCGAUCCCUUUCUGCCCGUAAGUCCCAUCGACGUUGCAUUGGGAUCCUAUCUAGGUUAGCAUCCUUGCACACCCAAUUUGGUUUCACUUAUUCUAAACUCUGUCAAGGUGAAGCUAAGGCGUUUCCGUUUUCUAGCAGUAGCUCUACUGAAAUGAAAUAUGGUUCAUCUUAUUGUCACUUCACAAAGAGAGAUAUUCAAACAACAAAUUUGGGUUCAAGAUGCAGUGAAUUGGUCACUCUACCACAUCCGGCUGUUUUUCCCAAUAUGAGAAAGUUCUGCACUGUUUUGACGCGAGAAUUUGAUGCUGGCAGCUAUGCUGUCAGUAGUGCUGGAGAGCAUAAAGCUGUAUUUUCCGCAGCAGAAUUAGUUGAUUUCACUAAGAUUGCAAUUGAAAGACUUCCAACUGUUAUCAUAGUAGGCCGACCUAAUGUUGGUAAAUCAGCACUGUUUAACCGGUUGAUACGAAGGAGGGAAGCCCUUGUGUACAACACACCUGCUGACCAUGUCACACGAGAUAUUAGAGACGGGGUUGCCAAAUUAGGUGAUUUGCGGUUCAUGGUGUUGGAUUCUGCGGGCUUAGAGGCAGAGGCUUCAUCUGGUUCAGUUCUUCAAAGAACCGCACAAAUGACCGGGAAUGUCCUUGCAAGAUCUCAGUUUGCACUAUUCUUAAUCGAUGCACGGUGAGGCGUAUAGACUUGGAUUUGGGGAUCCUAUUGCGGUAUCUGCUGAAACUGUGUUUGGCAUGGCUGCACUUCAUGAAACACUCCGACCAUUACUUGAGGAAUAUGUGCUCCAAAAUCUAAAUGGUUGACACAGCUGGUUGGUUGGAAAGGACAAAGCAGAAGGCUCCAUCAUCUUUGAGUAUAGUGCAGUCAAGGAAACAUCUAAUGCGUGCCCAUAUUGUUGCAUUGGUCCUCGAUGCAGAGGAGGUAGGUGACUGCUGGCGGUUUGAAGAAGAUGUGAUAGGCUGGGAAAUCUUCAAGUUCUGGACCAUACAGUUUUGGCUUUGUCAGGUUUGUCUUCUUUAGAUUGCAUUCAAUAGCCAUUUGUAGGUCAUGUGAGGAGUGUACUCGGAUCUGUCUAAGCAUGAAUCUCUUGAUAGCUGCGAGGCAUUCGCUGUAUACUAUGUUUUGCCUGACUGGAAGGUAUCUGUAGGCCAUGAGCAUUUGGUAGAUGUCAUCCGGUUUCAGCAUGAUGAAGUCGUUCUCUUGACAAGUGAAUUCGCUCCCAUCGGUGCGUUGAAGUCUGAAAGUGUAGAAUGUUACUCCAUGAUAGUCUUCAGCUUUCACUUGUAGAAUUUGAUGAAUCGGGAGAAUAUUUGACUUCAGAUCUUGUUCCAUCAGUUCUCUCUGUGUACCGGUUGACCUUUGCAGCAACAUGUGCAGAUGACCUCCAGCCUGUUUUCCUUUUAAGUGUGUAAGGCCUCUUAGCUUUAGUUCGUUCAGUGGCUUGACUUUGUCUGGUCUACGCCAGAUAUGCUCUCUGAUUUCUUCUUGGAAGGGGGCUUUGAUUCGAACGUUGUCCCAGGGUUUCUCUGUCUUGGGAAGUCUUCCCGCUGAUUGUCUUACGACUGAUUCAAGAGCUUUUUGGGAUUCCUUGUAGUUCUCCCCUUCCUUACGUUCAUCGUCCUCGAGCCUAAUGAUAUCUUCAGAGCAUUUGUUUAUAAGCUCUCGUAGCCACCAGUUCCUUUGCAUGUCCUCUUGCUCGGCUUCAACCCGGAGAUCAUCCCAUUCUGUCCAUUUUCUCGGCCAUUUGUCGUAUAUCACCGCCUCUUCCAGUGCAUCAUGGAUGUCUUUGCCUGGGGAGAUGUAUGGAGUUCUUUGUUUAGGCGAUGAUUGUUCCUGUGUAGCACUACCGGGUUCACUAGGAUUGCCCGUUGACAUCAGCUUAGAACUAGGUUCCAACUGAUGGCCUGAUGGAGAAGAUGUACCAGUGGUAUCAUCAUCAGGACUUCCAUCCCCUCCUCGGUUGGUAUCUCUAGGAGAUACGCCUCGGGAUGUUAUUUCUAGCUCGACCACGCUAGAGAGUUUGGCUGUG